AUGAGCGGCCAACUGCCAUCCAAUGCCGAUAUAAUAUCCACAUUAAAAGGUGCACCCACAACCUCCACCAACAACAAUUGGGUCGUACAGAAGUUUGGAGGCACGAGCGUCGGCAAGUUUGCUCACAAUAUUAUCGACCAGGUCGUCCUUCCGAGUCUCUCACAACAUAGAGUUGCUGUAGUAUGCUCUGCAAGGAGCAGUUCUACGAAAGCCGAGGGCACUACGAAUCGGUUACUCCGAGCCGCUCGCGAUGCAGAAAACUCUCAAUCCAAACAAUACCUCUCUUUUGUCGAGGCCGUCCGGCUGGAGCAUGUCAAUGUCGUCGAAACGCAGAUAAAGUCUGAUGAACUCAGGACACGGCUCACCUCGGAGAUCAAUGACGAAUGCGAUCGGGUUUUGAAGGUCCUGGAAGCCGCUCAGACGCUCGGCGAGAUUAGUGCACGUUGUGUGGAUAAAGUCAUUAGCACAGGGGAGAAGCUGAGUUGCCGUCUGAUGGCCGCAUUUCUUCAAGAUCGCGGGGUUGAUUCGCAAUACGUCGAUCUGUCCGAGAUCAUUGAUUUCCAUAUCUCGGGUCAGGGCCUCGACCAGGGAUUCUAUGACAAUCUUGCGGCUGCGCUAGGCCGCAGAGUUACUGGUGAUAAGGUACCAGUGAUCACGGGAUACUUUGGAACAAUACCCGGGGGUCUUCUUGAUCAGAUUGGGCGUGGUUAUACUGAUUUGUGUGCGGCUUUGGUUGCCGUUGGGGUACAUGCCAAGGAACUUCAAGUAUGGAAGGAGGUCGACGGCAUAUUCACUGCGGAUCCCCGGAAGGUUCCUACCGCUCGUCUUCUACCAGCAAUUACCCCCGCCGAAGCCGCUGAAUUGACAUUCUAUGGCUCGGAGGUGAUUCAUCCUUUUACUAUGGAACAAGUCAUUCGUGCCAAAAUUCCGAUUCGUAUAAAAAACGUCAUGAACCCAAAAGGAAAUGGAACUGUGAUAUUCCCGGAUUCUACCUACGAGUUGGAAAGGACAACACCAGGCCAUGACCCGAGACUAUUUCGUACGAGGAGCCCGAGCCUUCUUCAACGACCGAAGCGCCCAACCGCUGUUACCAUUAAGCAUAACAUUCUCGUUAUCAAUGUCCAUUCCAACAAACGCUCUCUUUCUCACGGAUUCUUUGCGGGGAUAUUUUCGGUUCUUGAUCGCUGGAAGCUGUCCAUUGAUUUGAUAUCCACCAGCGAAGUUCAUGUUUCUCUUGCUCUUCAUUCGGAGAGGCCGCUUCUGAAUGGUGUGGGAAGGGACGAGUACCAGAUCAUCGACGAGGAUUUGAAGGGAGCUUUGAGUGACCUGCAGAGAUAUGGUACCGUCGAUAUAAUCCCUGGAAUGGCCAUUCUCAGCCUCGUAGGGAAGCAAAUGAAAAACAUGGUCGGAGUGGCUGGGCGUAUGUUCUCUACUUUGGGAGAGAACAACGUUAAUAUUGAGAUGAUCUCUCAAGGCGCCAGCGAGAUCAACAUUUCGUGUGUUAUUGAAGAACGAGAUGCAGACCGUGCUCUCAACAUCAUACAUACCAGCUUAUUCACCUUUUUAGAUUAG